AUGUUAUUUCCAUCAUCUCUUGAACUUUUACCAGACGAAAUCCUCUUGCAAAUAUGUCAAUACUUGCGCGGUGCAGAUGUUUUCUUUUCAUUUUACAAUCUAAAUAGUCGUUUGAAUACGACAAUACGAGGUUACUGUCAUUAUGUUAAUUUAACGGCUGUUUCAUAUAAACAAUUCGAGUAUGCUGUUCGUGAUGUUCUACCACAAAUCGGUCAUCUUGUUCGAUCGUUUGUGCUGAAUGGCAAUUGGGAAACGAUUAUUCAUAGCAACUUAUCGUCUAUUCUGUUUGUCUCGCAUUUAUCUAAUCUAUUUCCACGAAUUCGAAAAUUACUUAUUAAAUGGUUUCAAAGUGAGAAACUUCUCUCUUUCGUCACUAGUCUUCGAGAUCUUCCCGAACUUACCGAACUGGACAUUCGAUUUCUAAAAGGCAAUGCAGUUAAUUUCCUUCUAGAAAAUGUUCUCUCUGCUAAUCAGAAUCGAUUAUCAAUAGUAUCAUUCGAUCAUGAUUCUACCGACUUAAACCUAUCGGAUGAGAAGGACCCAACAUCCUAUCCGCACAUCGAACAACUCUCUGUUAACCUUACCCUAAGUAAAUUUAUUCCAUGUCUUUUCCGUCUCGUACCGAACGUAUGGCAAUUAUAUUUGAGUAUCGAUGAAUUGUCUAACGAUACGAAAUGUAAAUCAGUGAUUGUUAAUUUAUCACCACUUGUCCGUUUAACACAUUUUCGAUUACGAACGAUCAAUCUUUUUUGGACGUUCGAAGAUAUUGCUUGUAUACUGAAAGCAAUGCCGGCGUUAGAGCAACUAACGCUUGAUCUUCGCACGGAUGAUCGACGACUUGUUACGAAAGAAAAUCUUCGUACUCUUCUACCUUCAUCACUUCUUCGAAUGGAUUAUUUCAUUCGAUAUUACACUCCUUCAAAAUCGGAUACAAAAUUCGAACACCAUGAUUCGUUUUCAGCACCUCAUUCGCCCAUUAUUUCAAUGUUAGAUUCACCUCGUCACCGUUUUAUCAUUUGUACAAUUCCGUGUAAUCUGUACGCUGUGAUUUUACCAGCAACAGUGAGCAAACAAAUGCCGGAAGGUUGGAAUUAUAUGAAUCAAACGAAAGAUUUACAUAUUUGUGAUAUAACAUCCAUCGCGGAAAUACUUCUCAUAUUACGACACUUUCGUAAUCUGAAAAUAUUAACCCUCGAUGCAAAAGACAAAGUACAAGUUUUAACAUUGCCAGCACAGUCCCCGUCAGUCGAUAUCAAAUUACCUUUUCUUAAACAAAUUGAAGUUUCCGGUGUAUUAGAUUUGUCUCCUAUACUUUAUGGUGCACCUAACGUUGAUUAUUUGAUUAUCUACUACGAUAGUUUAAAAAUUUUACUGGACGAUGAAUCGACAUUUCGUCUAUUACAAACGCAACUUAUUCGUAUUAAUAUUAUCGACUGGGUUGAUCUCGAAUCGGAUCUAUUGGAACGUAUUGCCCAACUUCAUUCACUACGUCAUAUUGUUAUAACACUCAAAAACCCUGAAUCGGUUAUCAAUGCUUUUGUAUUGAAAAUUCUUUCGUUUUGGAAAGACAAGUCUCGUCUGUCAAUUGAUGUCAAAGGUUCAUUGACACCUACAGCUCCAUUAGACCUUCGACAGUGGUUAAUCGCUCAUUCUCAUAUAAAACCAGAGGAUUCGUUUACAGUAGAAUGCAAUAACAAUUGGUUUGAUCUUUGGUUUUAA